GGUAGUUCAAAUAAUAAUCGUCAAUCGAAUAAUAAUAAUAACAAUGGUUUAUUGAAUGAUUGUGCUACUGAUUAUGGUGGUGAUACAGAUAUUGUUGGAUCAUCGUCUUCACCAUCAUGUAGUGGUGGACAAUGUUCAGCCAUUUUAACAACAAUGAGUAGUAGCGGUAGCGAUGAUGUACAACAACAACAACAACAACAGCAUCCAGCGACAACAACAACACUUUUACCAUCUUCGAACAAUCUGAUUCAUCAUCAUGGACAUCGACGACGGAGAGAACGAAAUCGAAAAGAACAGCAACAAAAACAACAAGAACGAAACAACUUUGUUGACUGUCGAACCAAUCAAAAUGGUGAUGAUGAUGGCAAUUUAGAUGAUGAUAUUGGUGGUGCCAAUAGAAUUGAUGAUGAUGAUAUUGACGAUGAUUCAGAUGAUGAUGAUGAUGAUGAUGAUGAUGAACCUACUGCUUCAUUAAUGGCUGAAGAUUUACUUUCAUCUACAAAUCGUUUGGUUGUUUCACAUAAUAAUCAUCAUCAUCAUUUGUCAUCUUCGCCUCAACACCAACACCACCAACAACAACAACAUUAUAGUGCCAUAAUGCAUACAUAUGCAAAUCCAUUCCAAACUUGUAAUAUAUCAUCAUCGGGUGGUGGAUAUUCCACUGAAGAUACAACUGGACCAAUCAUACCAAGUGAUUUAAAUACAAUGAGGCCUUCACAGUUAUUAAAAAAUUCAUUUGCUGGUUCAGGUCCAGCUCCAGCCAGUCUUCAAUCAAAUCACAGUGGUGGUGUUGAUCAUCAUGACAAUCAUAAUAGUCUAGUCUCAUCAUCAUCAUAUGUAAUACAAAGAUUAUUGUCAUAUUUUCGUGCUGAACAUAAACAACAACCUCCCAAUGAUGAUGAUGAUGACGAUGAUAACGACAAUAUAAAUCUGCGUAAUCGAUGUUGUUGUGGUUCCGAUUCUAGUUCCUCAUCAUCAUGGUUGCGUUCAUUUUCGACAAUCACAUUGAUUAUUUUGAUUUUCAUUCUAAUCAUUGUCAUUAUAUUCCUUACAGCGCUUCAUAAAGAGAAUAUAACAGAUAAUACAACAGCGACAACAUUUCGAAUGAAACCACAAAAUAUCGGUGAUAUUAAUCGAGUUCCGUGUGUCGUCAUUGACGAUAUGGAUCAUCAACAACAGCAUUCAACAUCACACCUGCCAACUGUCACUAGCAAUCAAUAUGGUUCGCAACAUUUCAAUCAUGAUCAUGAUCUAUUCGUUUCAAAUUGUCCACGAUAUUUUCCGCGUGAUUCAUCACAAUAUAAAGAGAUCAAUCUGUUUCAUAAUCAGAAUCGGCCUCCACAUACAAUGUCAAUAUCCUCAUCACCGUCACCAUCGAUGCCUAUUUCGCUUCGUUUAACACCUUUUUCAUCAUGGUCCAUAUGGUUCAAUCAAAUUGAAUCAUCGUCGUUACAUAUUAAUUUUCAAUUUUAUGCACCAAUUCAUACACGAUUAGCAUUGGUGGCCAAUAAAAAUGAACCACCAUCAUUGACUAUGCACCAGAUUUUUCAAGUUAUCAGUGAUGAUGAGGAUACACUAUUGGUGGAGGAUUCCAUUAGCAAUAGUAAUCAUAUUAAACGUGAUUCACAGCUUGCUAUGAUGCAAUUUGAACAUAAAUUUGAUCAAGGUUCAUGGUAUUUAUCGUUAAUCAAUGAUUUCGAUAUAAUCAUUCCAUUGGUUGUCAAUAUUUCAAUUAUACAAAAUCAAACAUUGCAACAACAGCCACAAGCUAUAAAUUGUAUGAAUAAUUGUAACAAUCAUGGAUAUUGCAGUGGUGAUGGUCGUUGUCAUUGUUUUCCUGGUUUUAUUGGAACAGAUUGUUCCGAUAAUGUUUGUCCAAUUUUCUGUAAUGGCCAUGGCCAAUAUUUACAGGGUAGUUGCCAUUGUGAAUCCGGAUGGAAAGGACGAGAAUGUACGCUACGUUCAAAUGAAUGUGAAAUUGCGGAUUGUAAUGGAAAUGGUCUAUGUAUUGAUGGUAGUUGUCACUGUCGUCCAGGAUUUAAAGGAAAUGAUUGCGAACAAGUCGAUUGCAUUGAUCCAGAAUGUUCCGGUCACGGAAUUUGUAUGGAUGGAAAUUGUUUUUGUAAAGCUGGAUUUGCGGGAACAAAUUGCAGUGAAAUGGAUAGGAAAUUAUAUAAAUUUCUUCCAAAUUGUUCUGGCCAUGGUGUCUAUGAUUUUGAGAAUGAUCUUUGCAUAUGUCAUAACCAUUAUUCUGGAUCAGAUUGUUCCAAAUUAAGUUGUUCAUUAAAUUGUGGUCAAAAUGGCCUCUGUCAUGAAGGUCGUUGUCAUUGCAAUGAUGGUUGGUAUGGAUCAAAUUGUCAAUAUAAAAAAUGUGAUAUUCGUUGCCUUGAACACGGUAAAUGCUAUAAUGGUACAUGCCAUUGCCAGAAUGGAUGGAUGGGUAAACAUUGUACACUAAAUGGCUGCCCAAAUACAUGUUCCAAACAUGGUCAAUGUGUUCCUAUUGCAACAGCAAAUAAUCGUGAUGAUUUUGAUGUUGUUGAUGAUGAUCAUAACGAUAGCGAUGAUAAUGCCAUUGAAUGGAGAUGUAAAUGUGAUAGUGGUUGGCAUGGAUAUGACUGUUCGGCACCACAGGAAACAAACUGCAAUGAUGAAAUAGACAAUGACAAUGACGGGCUAGUUGAUUGUGCCGACAGCGAAUGUUGUCACCAUGAGCAAUGUGGUCAUCAAUCAUUAAUGUGUAUUACAUCUCCGGAUCCAUUGGAUAUUCUAUUAAGAAAACAGCCACCAUCGCCAACAUCGUCAUUUUUUCAAAAAGUUUUAUUUCUCAUCGAAGAUGGUAGUGUCCAAAGUUAUGCACAGAAAGAUGUCUAUUCGCCAAAACGUGCAGCCGUUAUACGUGGUCAAGUUGUUAGCAAAGAAUUUAAUGGAUUGAUCGGUAUUCGUGUGAGCGUCGUCAAUGAUCUUAAAUAUGGCUUCACAUUAACCAGAUCGGAUGGUUGGUUCGAUAUCCUUGUCAAUGGUGGCGGUAUAAUUACAUUACAAUUUCAAAGAAAUCCAUUUUAUCCGAUUAAAAAAUCUAUAUAUGUUGAAUGGAAUGAUAUCACUGUCAUACAGAAUCCGAUUGUGAUGUAUUUAGGGCCAUCACAAUCACCAUCACAUUCAUCAUCAACGACGAUAAACAAUGAUCAACAUCAUCAUCAUCAUGGAAAUGAAUUUCGUGGCUUUUCAUUCAAUUCAAGAAUACCAUUCGUAUUUCAUAAUCUAUUUUCUCAUUCAGAUUUCGGUGAGAGUAAUUGGCGCAAAUGGAUAACAAGGAGAGGAUUCUAUAAUGAAAGUAAACCAUCCGAUUCUGAUUCAUCAUCGACAUCGCAAUCAUAUCGUUGUUUAGAACAUCAUUAUGAACAUAUGAGACCUAUGAUUCGUGAUCAUCACGAUUUAUUUCAGUCUUCCAAAUUUUUUCCAACGCCCAAUAAUGAACCUAUCUGUGAUAAAGAUAAUUGUAUUAUAGCAGAGAUGCAGACUGUACACGAAAAGAUUCGUAUCGGUACAACGAGAUUAUUUGUCGUUUAUCAAAGUUCACAAUCUUCAGGUUAUAGUUCAACAAUGGAUAUUCAACUUACAACGGACAAUGUGCCGAAAUCAUUGCGUUUUCUACUAUUACGAAUACUGAUUGAAGGAAAUAUUCAUGAAAAAAUUUUCGAAUCCGAUUCAAAUAUUCGAUAUACGUUCACGUGGAAUAAACAAAAUGUUUACAAGCAAAAAGUAUAUGGAUUUGCUCAGGCUAAAAUCUAUGUCGGUUAUUAUUAUCAUGAUUGUCCACAUAUUUUAUGGACAGCUUUCACAACGAAACUUCUUGGUUACGUUAUGGAAAUAUCCGAAAUUGGUCAAUGGAACCUAGAGAUUCAUAAUCGCUAUAAUCCAUAUGAUGGUCAUUUUCAACGAGGUGAUGGGCAAUUUUUGAGUUUCAAAAAUAAUCCACGAUUGCCAUUGGUUAUUGAACCUGUCGCCGGUCUGGAUAGUCAUCCAAGAUCAUUUGCAUGUUUGAAUCCAAGUGAAUGUAACACGGAUAUUGGAUCAUCUCGAUUUUUCUCGUUGGUUACCAUGACCAAUUCAGCAGAUGGUAGUGUUUUUGUUGGUGAUUCAAAUCUAAUUCGGCGAAUCACUCCAGAUGGACAAAUUUACACCGUUUAUAAAUUGAGAACCAGUACUAAUCGACAGAAUUUCGAAUAUCACAUUGCCUACAAUUCUAUUGAUCAAUAUCUCUAUAUUGCUGAUCCUGAACGUUUUCAGAUUAUUCGUGUACCGAUCCAAGAAAAAUAUGAACCGAACCAGGAGAUAACAAUGCCAGAAGCAGAAAUAGUUGUUGGAACCGGUGAACAAUGUUUUCCACAUGAUCAAUCUAGUUGUGAUGAUGGAAAAACUGGUGUUGAAGUUCAACUUAUUUAUCCUAAAGAUUUAGCGUUUGCAAAUGAUGGGUCGCUAUUCUUUUCCGAUGGUAAUGUUAUUCGGAUACUGGAUACGAACGGUUAUGUUCGACGAGUUGUUGGACAAUUCGCUAAACGACAAUGGAAACCGAUAUCUUGUCAAUCCAUGCAUUCAUCCGAUCAUAUUAAACUUAAAUGGCCAACCAGUUUAGCUAUUCAUCCACUAGAUGGCUCACUAUUCUUUGUUGAUAAUCAUGUUUUGUUUAAAUUGAAUCAAAAUAUGCAAGUGUCAAUUCUGUCCGGAUAUUCAUCAUUUUGUCUUGAAGAUUCUGAUACAAUCGGCCAUAAUAAGAAUAAUGAUACCAUUGAUUGUGAUGGUCCAUCGUUGAAUGCUCAAACUAUGUCAUUGUGUGGUGAUGAAUUUUUAUUCGGCAGCAUUGCUUUCGCUCCGAAUGGUGUUUUAUAUGUAGCCGAUAUUAGUCGUCGUAAUGAGAAUCGAAUUUUUGCCUACAUGCAUGAUGGAUCAUUACGACAUGUUGCUGGUUUUAGACAAAAGAAAUCUCGACAUCAGGUACAAUGCCCGGUUGAAAAAUGUAUAGACAUGGCUGGUGAGAAUUGUACCUGUUUGAUUACCGAUUAUGAAUCCAAUGAUGAUUCAACGAUUGAACCAAAGAUUGCAUUGAAAGCAAGAUUGAAUUCCAUAUCAGCCAUAACCAUUACUGGUGAUGGUACCGUUUAUCUAGCCGAUGAAGGCCAGCUUCGACUUUAUUCCAUGAAAUCAUAUCUACCACAAAUGGAUGAUCAAAAUGAAAUCAAAAUUCUAUUUCCAAAUACAGCUGAAAUGUAUGUGUUUAAUAAAUAUGGUCAACAUAUUCGAACCAGAAGUAUUACAACUGGCAGAACAUUGUAUUCAUUUGUUUAUAAUCAUGAAAAUAGCUUGGGCAAAUUAACCCAAGUGAUUGAUUCAUCGGGCCAUAAAAUCCUAUUUAUAAGAGAUCAAACUGGAUCCUUGCAUAUGAUUGAAAGUACAUCCAAUGCAUUGAAAUGUCGCAUCACUAUCAAUAAACAGGGCCUAUUGGAAUCAUUUAUGAAUGGUGGCAAUAUUAGUGUUAAUUUUGAUUAUUAUAACAAUGGCCUGAUACGUUCACGAGAGGAAUCUCUUACCGGUAAAUCAUAUUUCUAUCGAUAUGAUCGUAAUGGCCGUAUUCGACAUUUUAUUCAACCAAAUGGUGCCUUAAUCAACAUUUAUUCAUCAUCAAUAGACCAUGAUCAACAUCAUCAUUUGACUGCAAUUGAAAUGCCCUUAUUCAUUAUGACUAAAUAUCAUCAUCAACAGCAGCAGCAACAACAACAACAACAACAACAACAAACUACAUCAUCAAGCAAUAAUUUUGACAAACAACAUUUUCUGCCCAUAGGGCAACAACAAAUAACCGAUCUGAUAAUCGGUGAUAAUUCGAUGAUGAUUAAAUUCUCUCAACAUGGAACAAUGUUCGAGCUAACUUCAUUGAAUGAUGGUUCCUUACGGCUAAAUACCAGUAGACAAAUCUAUGCUCAUUUGAAUGGUAAAAUAAGCAAAUUAUCAAUGGAUAUGCUUGCAAUACAGGCACAGCUUUUUCCAUUUAUAUCGAAAUUUACAUUGGCACAAAUGAAUCAUGGACGUGAUCAGCAACUACAAACCUCAUUAGACAUGGAGAUUGAUUAUAAUCUGCGAUUAAAAUCAUCGUUUAUUGAUUCUGUGGAAAAAUUGAUUAAAAUCAAUGAUAAUUUAACAAUGAAAAUCGAAUACGAUUGGAAUGCUAAUCGAGAAAUUUAUUAUAAUCAAUCACAGAGACCGAUACUAUUUUUACAAUAUGAUGAUUAUGGCCGUCCCAUUCAAUGGAUACCGAAUAUUAAGGAGCAUUGGCAAGCACAUAGUGUUACAUAUGAUAAAUUGGGAAAAUUGGAUACAUGGCAAAAUGGCCAACAUACACAACAUUACCAACGUGAUCGUGUUGGUCGUCUUACUGAAUUACGGCAAAAUGAUCAUCAGAUUCGUUAUAGUUAUCCAUCAUCGUCAAUGGAUAUGACCACCACUGAUCAGUUGAAUAAUCCUGGUUUUUCUUUACCAUCAUCGAUUAUUUUGAAAAGUGGCCACAAAUAUAUUGUUGAUUUGGAUAAUGUUGGCCGUAUACAGAGCAUCAUUACGCCUAAAGGUGCUCGACAUAAUGUUUCAAUCAAUGUAGUACUCGGUGCUUAUCGAUUCAGUUAUUGUCCACCACCACCAUCAACACAAAUAGCCGAUAUAAAUACAAACAUCCAUAUAUCACCUAGUAGACAUUGCUUUCAUAUUUAUUUGGAUGAAAAAUGGCAAUCACUCAUGCGAAUCUUACCAUACGAUAUGGGUAAAAUCAUCCAUCAUUAUAAAAGCAAAAUUUCUUUCACAAAAGAUCAGGCCAAAGAUUUUCUGCGAUUGAAUCAAGAAAAUAACAACAAUAACAACAACAACAACAACAUUAUUACUAUCGAUCGAAUGAUUCAUGGACGUGGAUUAAUUGAACGAUGGUAUGAUGAAAAAAAUCAACGAACCGUUCGUGGUAUUUGGAUCAAUAAUCAAAUGGAAUUCGCCAUCCAAUAUAAAUAUAGUCGAUCCAGUUCAUCAUUGUUGAAACAUCAAUCAUAUCUAUUUUCAUCAAACAUUCAUUCUUCAAUUGCUCAAUUUUCUUAUAGUUAUCGGUAUGAUAAUCAAAUGAGAUUACGAUCAAUUCAAUCGAAACUUGGUUCAAUCACAUUGCCCAAUUGUGAUUUCACAUACGAUUCGAAAGGACAAAUCGAAUCGAUUGGAAAUUUUCGUUAUUUCGAACAUAGCUAUAAUGAAACAUUGAUUGGUGAUGGAAUCGCAUUGUUGGUGAGACGUUAUGAUCCAAUUACAACGCCGCGAAUACGCCAUAAUAGUCUUACAGUAUCGGAUAAAGAGGUGUUUCGUUCGGAUUUCAUUUACGACGCCAAUGGUUUGCUGAUUCAAACACGUACAUUUAUGCAUCAUCUUGGAGCCAAUAAGCUUCGAAUACAGAACUAUACAUAUGAUAUGGAUGGACAAUUAAUCGAGAUGCAAGGACGUGAACAUUGGCGAUUUGUUUAUGAUCCAAAUGGUAAUCUAAUUACAUUUCUAUAUAUGGGUAAUCGUGUUGAUAUUGAAUACGACUGGGCCGAUAGAAUCAGGAAUUUUAUUAAAAGUCAACAUAAUUCAGCCAUCACUGGUGGUGGUGGUGGUGGUGGUGUUGCUGGUGGUACAACACCUUAUGUGAGCGAUUUACGUGGAUUCAUCACCCAGAGAGGUGAUGAAUAUCUUUAUUAUAAUAAUUUGGGACAAUUAUUACAAGCUAUCACGCCUAAUCGUUAUGAAGUGAACUAUGCAUAUGAUUAUUUGGGCCGGUUAAUUCUAAGACGGGAUCAUCAGAAAAAUGUGACACAAUAUUUUUAUGGAAAUCCAUCGAAACCAUAUCUUGUUACACAUGCAUUCAAUAACGCUAAUGGUGCUGUUUUGUCACUGAUUUACGAUGAUAUUGAUGAUUCAUUGAUUAUGAUACGAUUGAAUAAUGAAAAUUUCUAUGUUGUUUGUGAUCAAACCCAAACGCCAUCAUUGAUAUUUGAUCAUCGUGGCCAGGUAGUGAAAGAAAUUCAUCGUAGUCCAUAUGGCUAUGUAUUGUUUGAUUCGAAUCCAAACUUGUUUGUACCUGUGGAUUUUUAUGGCGGUAUUGCCGAUCCAUUAACCAAUCUAAUUCAUUUCAAUGGUCAUCAACAGCAACAACAACGUCUUUAUGACACAUUGAUUGGUCGAUGGCUAACUCCCAAUGUUGAUCAAUUGUUGGAGAAAAAUCUCAUUAAAUUCCCACGAUUUGUAAACAUGUAUCAAUUCAAACAGAAUGAUCCUAUCAACAACAACAACAACAACAAUGAUCAGUAUCGAUAUUCAGGCUUGAAAGAUUGGAAUAAUCAUGGUGGUGGUGUGGAGAUAAUGUCCUUGUCACAGAUACAAACAUCAUUACUGCAAUAUACUUCCUCGCUAGUCAACCAAGACAUUGGCCAUCAACCACAAUUUGAUAAUAACAACAAUCCUAUUCUAUUGACACAAUUCACAUCGAUGUUUGAAAAUAUUCACAUCCCAAAUUUGAAAUCUUCAACCAUAUCAUCAUUACAAACUUUAUUAUUGGACCAAGUACAAAAAUUUUCAACUUUUCAAUCAAAUUAUUAUUCAAAGCUAACACAAAAUGAUUGGACAGAUGAACAAAAUGGUCGUGAAUUGAUCACAAUGAAAAAUGCUUUGUUUGGCCAAGGAAUCGUUUUAAGUUUGAUGAUUAAACCAAAUGCUAUUAGUGCUGUUGCUGGCCAUCAAAGCACAGAUAUUCUUUGCGUACAUUUUAGUCAUUCCAUAACGGACAAUUUAUUACGUGAAUCGCUAAAUAUUCUCGUGAAUGGUUCACAUUUGUUGGAUAUUAAUCUGAUUAUGGCCGGUCAAGAUCAUUAUUAUCUAGUCAAAGAUUUAGCCGACAACGACAAUUUGAGACCAUUGAUGGCUAAAUUUAAACAAUAUCAAUCUAGACUCAAUUUAACUGUUCAAGAAAUUCAUCAUAAUGAUGAUAAACGAAUGAUGAUUGAAGUACGAAUCUAUCAGCCAUCAGUCAUAUGGAACAUACGGUUCGGUACUACCGUUGCUGAAGAACGAGAACGUGUAUUGAUGAUGGCUCGAAAAUAUGCAAUUCAACAACGUAUUGAACAUGAACGUAUUCAAAUUGUUCAUCAUCAUCAUCAUCAACAUGGGAAUGGAAACGGUGGCUAUUCACAAUGGAAUGAACAAGAAAAACAAUUCUUGAUGAACGUUAGAAAUGAAGAAAAUUUACUCUAUAAUUCAAUCGGUUUAUUACGUGCCGAUUAUCAAUAUUCAUUGAAUGAAUUGGCCGAAGAUCCUGAUAAUAUUGUUUUGAAAAAACGCUCAGCCAAAUCGUGAUCCUUAUUAUUCUGUUUUUUUUUUUUUUAAUUUUUAAAAAAUCCUUUUGACUUUUGUUUUGUCUCCAAGCAUUUUAUUUUAUUUAUUUUUUUCUAUCAAAAUGUAUUAUAUCCUAUCCUAUCUAUCUAAAGAGCUUGUUAAUUAAUUGAAAAAUAAAAAUCAACAUUAUUUUCA